UAAUGCACCAAAAGCUGGUUUACCAACCGCCAUUAAACAAGAAGAAAAAGCAGAAGGAGAAGAAAAAGAAGCAGCAGCAGCAGCAGCACAAGAACAACAACUUUAGUGAGACGACAGCUAACGUUUGAAUUUCUUCAAUCGAGGCAGGGACCAUGAGAAUGCCAGUACGUGUAUUGCGCUUACCCAGAGGCCCAGACCCCAACAGUCGCGGCUUUGACCCGAGCUCUCCAAGAUACGCCUCUUUGUGUCGGACCACAAUUUCUGCUUUUACUGAAUCGCGAACAGACUGUAGUUAUCUACGUAAUGAACAACAUACACGCUCGGUUCUGAGGGAACAGUACCUGAGAAGUCUUCUUGCUAUGUCCCUAAAACAAAUCCGCUUCAGCAUGUACGAGAGAGUACUGGUGGAAGCAAAAUUCGGAGCCGCCGAUAUCGACGUUCUUAAUUUCCAAGUGUCUGAUUUGCAAACUCCAUUAGGCGUUCAGAAGGAAGCUUUGAUCCGUUGCCCAGAUGUUAUUUCAUACACAUUUGAACUCUGUGAAACCAGCACAUUGCCGUUUUCUGCCUGUUGUUGAUGACCGGUGUACAUGGAUUUUUUUUUGUUGAGAAAUUAUGUUUAAUCCUAUUGCAUGCAGCAAUAAAUAAAUGAACUUCUACGUGAAAA